UAAAGGGUAGAGGGAAGGGUUUUAUAGAGACAAAAUAUAUUAUCGUUUUAUGUUGGCAAGAAACUGUGUUUUACAGGUAGAAAAUACCUUGAAAAAGUACUUUUUGAGCCAAUUCUAUCCUAAGCUUUGUAGCUCUUCGUAUCCGAGGGUUUUUACACAAAAAAUGGCGUCAUCAUUUUCUGGUCCUACUGUAUGGAGUCAGACUGUAGUAAGCAUCGAAUCAAAAAAGCGAGGUAUUCACCUCAUAACAGAUGAAAUAACCAGCAUACCUGAGCUAAGGAAGUACAAGGUUGGCUUAGUUAAUCUUUGUAUUCAACAUACAUCUGCUAGUCUAUCGUUGAACGAGAGCUGGGAUCCAUCUGUGAGAGUUGAUAUGGAGAUGAUGUUGAACAGGCUGGCACCAGAGAAUGCUCCUUACACCCACACCAUGGAGGAAUCAGACGACAUGCCCGCGCAUGUAAAGACAAGUCUGAUGGGAGCCAGUCUAACUAUUCCCAUAACUAGUGGAAGAUUAAACCUCGGUACUUGGCAAGGGAUUUGGCUGUGCGAACAUAGAGAUCGUGGAAGUUCAAGAAAAAUUGUCGUAACUAUGCAAGGAGUACAAUAACUCUACGAAGAAUUACGACUGGACGACUUUGGAUAAACUUUUUUAAGUUAAUAAAAAACUAGGAUUCAAAUUUA